CGCGGCGGCCCGUCCCCGCGGUGCAUUGUGGGCCGUAGCAAUAUGGCCGCCUCCUUGGUGUGGUGCUGAGGGGAGUUUAAUUCUCCGGCGCUGCAGGACGGUUCCCCUCCCACGGGGGCCGAAGCCAGCCCAGCCGCUAGGGGCCGGUGUGUGUGAGGAGGAGCCGGGGGAGGGCACGAUGGGCCGAGCUCGGCGCCCGCCGCAGCAGCCGGGGAGCGUGCAUUGCCCGCGGGGCUAGAGGCCCGGUCCCCCCGAGUGCUUCUAGCGACACCUCAGCCCGGCCGGGGCCGAGGAGAGCCCGGCCGGGGCUGCUGUCUGCGGGCGCCCCGAGCAGGAGACUCGCCGGCGCGGAGCCCCCCAGCAGACACCUGGGACGGGGCCCGCUGUCCCCCGCCCCUGCACCGGGGAAAGGGACACGCCCCCUCUCAGAGCCCCUCUCAGAGCCCCUCCUGGGAUCGGGACCCCACCGGCCCCUUCCUCUCCCAGUGUGUGCUGGGCUGGAGAUUGCUGAGCACGUGCUGCCUGGCCCCCUUCUCCCCCGAUGGAGUCUGAGAUGCUGCAGUCCCCCCUCCUGGGGCUCGGGGAGGAGGAUGAGGCAGACCUGACAGACUGGAACUUGCCUCUGGCCUUCAUGAAGAAGCGUCACUGUGAGAAGAUCGAGGGCUCCAAGUCUCUGGCCCAGAGCUGGAGGAUGAAGGACCGGAUGAAGACUGUUAGCGUUGCCUUAGUUUUGUGCCUAAACGUAGGUGUUGAUCCUCCUGAUGUGGUGAAGACAACUCCCUGUGCACGUCUGGAGUGCUGGAUAGAUCCUCUGUCAAUGGGUCCUCAAAAAGCUCUGGAAACGAUUGGUGCAAAUUUACAAAAGCAGUAUGAAAACUGGCAGCCCAGGGCCCGGUACAAGCAGAGCCUCGAUCCUACGGUGGAUGAAGUUAAGAAACUAUGUACAUCGCUGCGUCGAAAUGCAAAGGAAGAGAGAGUCCUCUUUCACUAUAAUGGGCAUGGUGUUCCCAGGCCAACAGUGAACGGGGAGAUCUGGGUCUUCAACAAGAACUAUACUCAGUAUAUUCCACUAUCCAUCUAUGACCUGCAGACUUGGAUGGGCAGUCCCUCCAUUUUCGUCUAUGAUUGCUCCAAUGCUGGCCUUAUUGUCAAGUCAUUCAAGCAAUUUGCACUACAGAGGGAGCAAGAGUUGGAGGUUGCUGCAAUUAACCCUAAUCAUCCACUUGCUCAGAUGCCUUUGCCCCCAUCAAUGAAGAACUGCAUUCAGCUGGCAGCAUGUGAAGCCAAUGAAUUGCUACCUAUGAUCCCUGACCUGCCGGCUGACCUUUUCACAUCAUGCCUUACGACACCAAUCAAAAUUGCUCUGAGGUGGUUUUGCAUGCAGAAGAGUGUUAGAUUGGUGCCAGGAGUCACGCUGGAUUUAAUAGAGAAGAUUCCUGGCAGACUGAAUGACAGGAGAACGCCUCUGGGAGAGCUGAAUUGGAUCUUUACAGCAAUCACAGACACCAUUGCGUGGAAUGUCCUGCCACGAGAUCUCUUCCAGAAGCUCUUCAGGCAGGAUCUGCUGGUGGCUAGCUUAUUUCGUAACUUCCUGUUGGCAGAAAGGAUUAUGCGGUCUUACAACUGUACCCCUGUCAGCAGCCCACGUCUACCUCCAACCUAUAUGCAUGCAAUGUGGCAAGCUUGGGACCUCGCAGUUGAUAUUUGCCUUUCCCAAUUACCAACAAUCAUAGAGGAAGGAACUGCAUUUCGGCACAGCCCAUUCUUUGCUGAGCAGCUAACAGCAUUCCAGGUGUGGCUAACGAUGGGAGUGGAGAACCGGAACCCGCCAGAACAACUGCCAAUAGUUCUGCAGGUGCUGCUGAGCCAGGUGCAUCGGCUGCGAGCUCUUGACUUGUUGGGAAGAUUUCUGGACCUGGGUCCCUGGGCCGUUAGCUUGGCGCUCUCUGUUGGCAUUUUCCCUUAUGUGCUGAAGCUGCUUCAGAGUUCAGCUCGGGAACUGAGACCACUUCUUGUCUUCAUCUGGGCCAAAAUUCUUGCGGUGGACAGUUCAUGCCAAGCCGACCUUGUGAAGGACAACGGUCACAAAUAUUUCCUUUCCGUCUUGGCAGAUCCCUACAUGCCAGCUGAACACAGGACUAUGACUGCUUUCAUUUUGGCUGUAAUCGUCAACAGCUACAAUACAGGGCAGGAAGCCUGCCUUCAAGGAAACUUGAUUGCCAUCUGCCUGGAGCAGUUAAAUGAUCCGCAUCCUCUACUGCGCCAGUGGGUGGCGAUUUGUUUAGGACGUAUCUGGCAGAAUUUUGACUCAGCAAGGUGGUGUGGCGUGAGAGACAGUGCCCACGAGAAGCUCUACAGUCUCCUCUCAGACCCCAUCCCAGAGGUUCGCUGUGCUGCAGUCUUUGCACUGGGCACGUUUGUGGGCAACUCGGCUGAGCGGACCGAUCACUCCACCACCAUUGAUCACAACGUGGCCAUGAUGCUGGCACAGCUCAUCAACGACGGGAGCCCCGUGGUUAGAAAGGAGCUGGUGGUGGCUUUGAGUCACCUAGUGGUUCAGUAUGAGAGCAAUUUCUGCACUGUUGCCUUGCAAUUUAUGGAAGAAGAGAAGAAUUAUCCUCUGCCCUCUCCAGCUACCACAGAGUGUGGGAGUUUGACGCCAGUGCGAGAUGGUCCGUGUACUCCGAGACUUCGUUCCGUCAGCUCCUAUGGGAACAUCCGAGCAGUCACCACGGCUAGGAACCUGAACAAGUCUCUGCAGAACCUCAGCUUAAAUGAAGAAUCUGGAAGCUGUGUUGCGUUUUCUCCUGGGAAUCUCAGCACCAGCAGCAGUGCUAGCAGCACCUUGGGCAGCCCUGAGAAUGAAGAGUAUAUCCUGUCAUUUGAGACCAUCGACAAGAUGAGAAGAGUUAGCUCCUACUCCUCGUUGAAUUCACUGAUUGGAGUUUCUUUCAAUAGUGUUUACACCCAAAUUUGGAGAGUCCUUCUACAUCUGGCUGCUGACCCCUACCCUGAUGUCUCAGAUGUGGCCAUGAAAGUACUCAACAGCAUUGCCUACAAGGCUACAGUAAAUGCCCGCCCCCAGCGCAUCCUUGACAGCUCCUCCCUCACGCAGUCUGCCCCAGCCAGCCCUACCAACAAGGGCAUGCACAUCCACCAAGUGGGAGGGUCUCCUCCAACUACCAGCACAAGCAUCUCCAGCCUGACAAACGACGUGACAAAACCGCCAGUCAGCCGGGACCUCCCAUCUGUAAGACCUUCAAAUGUAGGCAGUCUUGGGGUCCAGUACACCCCCCACUCCCACCAGUUCCCCAGGACGAGGAAAAUGUUUGACAAAGGGCCAGAUCAGACCACUGAUGAUGCAGAUGAUGCUGUUGGACACAAAAUCUUCAUUUCGGCCACAAUGCAGACAGGAUUUUGUGACUGGAGCGCAAAAUAUUUUGCUCAACCGGUCAUGAAGAUUCCAGAAGAGCAUGAUUUGGAGAGCCAGAUCCGCAAAGAGAGGGAAUGGCGGUUUCUACGCAACACCCGUGUCCGAAAGCAAGCACAGAAGAUCAUCCAGAAGGGUAUUUCACGGCUAGAUGAUCAAAUCUUUCUGAACAGGAAUCCAGGCGUUCCUUCCGUGGUGAAGUUCCAUCCAUUCACACCAUGUAUAGCAGUAGCUGAUAAAGACAGCAUCUGUUUUUGGGAUUGGGAGAAGGGGGAGAAACUGGACUAUUUCCACAAUGGGAACCCUCGCUACACCAGGAUCACAGCAAUGGAAUACCUGAAUGGACAAGACUGCUCUCUGCUCCUGACUGCCACAGAUGACGGUGCUAUCAGAGUGUGGAAGAACUUUGCAGACCUUGAAAGGAAUCCCGAGAUGGUGACUGCCUGGCAGGGCUUGUCGGACAUGCUGCCAACCACACGAGGUCUGGCCCGAAGGGUUUCAAUCUAUCUUGACAGAAGUAAACAGGGAGGAGCAGGGAUGGUGGUGGACUGGGAACAAGAGACUGGGCUUCUCAUGACAUCAGGAGAUGUGCGGAUUAUCCGGAUCUGGGACACAGAUCGAGAAAUGAAAGUACAGGAUAUCCCCACAGGAGCUGACAGCUGUGUGACCAGCCUGUCGUGUGACUCUCACCGCUCGUUGAUUGUGGCAGGGCUCGGUGAUGGCUCCAUCCGUGUCUAUGACAGGAGGAUGGCUCUGAGUGAAUGCCGCGUCAUGACCUACCGGGAGCACACAGCCUGGGUCGUGAAGGCAUAUUUGCAGAAACAUCCUGAAGGCAACAUCAUGAGCGUCAGCGUGAAUGGAGAUGUCCGUUUCUUCGACCCCAGGAUGCCAGAGUCUGUGAAGGUCCUUCAGAUAGUCAAAGGGCUGACCGCCCUGGACAUUCACCCACAGGCCAAUCUGUUUGCAUGUGGCUCAAUGAAUCAGUUCACUGCGAUCUACAAUGGGAAUGGAGAGCUGAUCAAUAAUAUCAAAUACUAUGAUGGAUUUAUGGGACAGAGAGUCGGAGCCAUCAGCUGCCUGGCUUUCCAUCCUCAUUGGCCUCACCUGGCGGUUGGAAGCAAUGACUACUACAUCUCCGUGUACUCGGUGGAAAAGCGGAUCAGAUAACAGCAGUCUCAUCGGAGAAAGGGAGAGUCCCAGCGGGCAGGGCCAUGUCUCCCCUGUCAUGUAUAUAGAGAAAUGAUCGACUUGAAUGUUUAGUGUUGGCUGCUGCUGCUGCAACCCAUAACUUGAACAUUUUUUUUUCUUCUGACUCAGCUACUGAUGAUUUGGAGAGGUGGAAAGAGAGACAUUCUUCUAUUUUCUUUUCAGCCAGAACCUCUAAAAACUACAGAAAAGGAACAUUUAUUUUUUGUUUUCAAUGGUUGCUUCUGUUACAAACAUGGUUCCAAGGCUCCGAAGGACUGGAUGAGACGAUACCUUUGUGAGGGGCUUUUUAUUUCCGUCUUUGUUCCUUUGUUUCGUGGGGGUCUAGGUAACUUAAGGAAUUAAGUCAGGACUCGCCUACAGCUCCAUGUUUUCUCACCCUACCAAGUGACCCCUCUACCUGUUACCUACCCUGUGCCAAAGAGCAACCCCUCGGGCAGGCAACAGGAUCCCAGCUGCCCGCCUGCAGAAUAUCACACCCGGUCUUGAGCAAUCUGUGUGUAACCGAGAGAAGGGAGACGGGAAAUCAUCUGCGGGGCUCGCUGGCCUCCCUCUCUCGUGUUCCUUCUCCAGUGGAAGUACGGACAGAGCGAGCGGACGAGCGGGCAUGGCAGCAGGAGGAAGAGGGAAGGGGGGCGGAGGGGAGGAGAGCAAUAGUAGUGUGGAACACUGACAGGCCAUAAAGCUCUGCAUCCAGAUGGAGGAGAAACAAGAAAAUGAGCAACAUCCUCAGUGCCCUAAGGAAAUUGGAUUGUCAUUGAUGUAACUACUCUCUGUUCAUGGGCACGUACCUAUGUCAGUGCAGGUGAGUGGAGUGAGAGACUUUGUCUUAUUCACUCCGUUGUUUCAGGAGUCGCUGUCCCUUUGCCCACAGCACGUGAGAUGUCCUGACAACUGCACAGACAGAGAGAGGGCUCGUUCUACCCCUGCCUUAAACCAUAGGCUUUCAUUUUGUUCAGAAGUGCUAAUAUUCUGCUAGCUAAUGGACGUGACUUUAUACACCCAGCUGUAUACAUGUGCAUUUGCAUGCACCUUGGUCUAUAUGCAUCUGGGCAUAUUUGUAUGUGUCUGUAUGAACCCAGGCAGAUACGCAUUGCAUUGGCAUGUCCUUGUGUCCACACAUCUGGGCAUCCACGUGUAUGUUCUGAUUACAAGAGAAUCACUGCCGUCCUGGAGGCAGAGGGGCCAACAACAGAUCAUUCUGCCUGGCGCAAGACCAUCUUGUCCCCAAUCUCUAGGGAAAGCUGAUCCCCUCUCUCACGUCGGUAAUGAAGAUUCCUGUCCCUUGGAAUCCAUAAUGCGUCUUGAGAUUGAUUUGGGGAAGGAGGUGGCAAAGCUGAAGGGAGCAUUUCCCCAAUAAAGUACUGUCUAGAUGUGAAUCAGUUGGGCGGGAAGAACAAAACCCUGUAAAGUAACAGUGAUGAUGCUAAGCUCUCCAAAUCUAGGAAAACUCUCUCCAUCCUGGUUCUGGCAUCACCGUUCCUCACAGGCCAGCAGAGGUGCCUAAGUCAAUGACAGUAGUGUUAAUGAGAAAAGAAAUGAACAACAUUGUUGCUGCUUUUUGUUGUGGGCAGUAGUUUCACCUCCCCCACUGAACUCAGCUGGGGAUGGCUGACCUUGCCAGAUCAUUUUGCUUCCAGAGAUGCUCAUUCAGCAUUCACGCAGCCUGAAUGCAGCCAGGCAAUGCCAUGGCAUCCGAAUCAGCCAGGAUCCUAUCGUGCUCUGCCAUUAAGAGUCAAAUAGUAAAACGCCGCUGUCUGCAAAUCUCAAAGUAGUCCUGUUGCAAGGUGGCUUGAGCUGUGGGGACUGAGGCAGGUACCCCAGCUGGGGCACUUUCCCCACGCGCAAGCACAACUGCAGUCUUCUCUACCCUCCGGUGAUCUACGGGCCGCCUCGCAGGAUGCUGAGUCGAAAGCGGUGGAAGGAAAUCUGGAGGAGCUGCUGUUUUCCCUAACACUCUGUGUUUUUCUAAUAUGUGGACUACCAAAAGUUAGUGAUGGGCUAAAAAAAAAAAAUUGCCUCUCUUGGUGGCCCAUUGAGCUGCUGUUAUACACAGAUUUACUUGCCCCAGUGUCUGUUGCAGUGGUACCAGUCUCGCCCCUCUGAUUACCAUGCCUGUCCCUCUGCGCAUGGCUCUGAGCUCAGGGAAUGGCCAAGGCCAGGUGUGCUAGGCCAGCAUUGAGGCAGAGGUUGGGAUUUGCAGAUAACUGACUAACGUGCACUAUUUACAAACACCAGAGAUUUUUAACCUCAAUCAGUGGAUUUGUGUAAAGAACAAGCGAUACCUGGCAAACUGCAAAGGUGCAUUGUGGGAAGCUGCUUUGUCUUCAUACCAGCAUUCCCCGAGCGCCCUCCCAGCCUGUGCAGCCAGGAGUAGGGUUUUUAACUGACUCAGCCUGUUGAGCUUUCAUCUAAGCGUGUGCGUGUCUGGGCUCUGUCUGCACAGGGCUGAUGCAAAAAUUCAAUCAUGAAGUUUAACCAAGGCUCUGGAGAGCAUCCUACCUAAAAGUUCACUUCUCUCUAUUUAUUUUACAAAAAUAAAAAGAUAUUAAAAAAAAUAAACUCCGAGAUUGUAUUGUGAGAGUAAAAUAAAUACAAACAAUAAAUGGUUAAUAAAAUAUAAAUGCAGAAA